AUGGAUAAUAAAGAGGAAAAAGUACUUUUAGUCGAUAAUAUCAAAAACAUAAUCGAAGAAAAUAAAAAACAAAUCAAGAAACUAGAAAAAGAUAAUAAAGAACUCAAUGAAGAAAACAAUGAACUCAAGGGACAAAUCAAUAAACUUUUAGAAGAAAUUAAAAAUAAACAAAAUAAUUUUUUAAAAAAUAUCCUGUUUGAUUUAUUAAAACAU